UCGAUCACGAUUAUCUUUCCUUGUUUAAUGUUUUUGGAUCGGGUUUACCAGCCGACACUUCGAAUCUCUACACAUAAUACGGGCGAGUCAGCGGUCUUACAAUAUCAUUAUAAUACUCAGGUGCAGCAAGGCUAUUUAUACAUGCUGGUAGAUAAACACGAAUCGGCUCCCUCUUUUGAGUCAAUAUUUCAGAAUCCUAUAAGUAUGCUCGCAGAACAGAUUGUGACAGGUUCAGGGUGGGAAAUUGACGACACGCUUCUUCUGCUGAACGGCGGUCCAAUAGAAAAGCUCACGGCAGGACUGUACAAGAGACAUAAGGCAGCCGUGAAAUAUAUUCUAAAGGAUUUAUCAGCGAGAGAUUUCACGUCGGCCCUGAAGCCAGAUUACAGAGGAUUGAGGGGACUUACGUUUGCAGUCAAACAUGGAAAUAUCGAAAUGCUUUACAGAGGAUUGAGGGGACUUACGUUUGCAGUCAAACAUGGAAAUAUCGAAAUGCUUCGCUUCCUCAUUGACACAGCUGCUGCUGCACGUUUUCCCGCUUCUUCUUCAGCUAAUACAGUGGAAGCUUUUGUGAGGCAAGGUGAUGAGAAGAAGAACACGGCAUUGCACGAGGCGGUGAGAAUGGGUAACAUGGCUGCGGCGCAGGUGUUAGUAAAGGCAGAUCCAAAUCAUAGACAUACUCAAAAUUCUGAUGGGGAAACUCCGAUCUAUAUUGCUGUCAAACUGGGGCACUUGGAUAUUCUGAAGAUGAUGUGCGCAAUUUUGAAAGCUCCGGCGUUUGAGGGUCCUGAUGGUAGAACUGCUUUACAUGCCGCUGUUACUAGGCUGCCUAAAGAUUGAAAACAUUAUAGAAACCACGGAAAGCAGUGAAGCGGUUCAGGUAGUCAUUGAUACCCUAAUACGUUGCAUAGGCGAUAAGAAUAAGCAGGAGAUUAGAACACUGAUCGAUCAAGCUGAUGACAAAUUUGGGAACACUGCCUUACACUUGGCAGUUCUGGGAAAGCACUUGGGUGGGCGCAGACAAGCUGUUCAAACACGAUCUUAAAUGUAAUAGUGAUUCCAAGAAUCCGAUCUACAUUGCAGCUGAGCUGGGAUACACGGAUAUACUCAAACAAUUCUCCAACAUUAAGUACUCCGCUAGUGAAACUGCACGUGGUCCUCGGAGACAAUCGGCCGUGCAUGCUGCUGUUUUAAGUCGAGAUGCAGAUUGUGUAAGAUAUGUAUUGGAACAUACCUCGAACCUUGUAACCUCUUGUGACGAAGACGGAAAGACGCCACUUCACUAUGCCGUGCUUCACAAAUUUGAUUCGGUACUUGAUAAGAUUGUGAAAGCCACUGUUGAAGCUUCAAUAGAUAGAUUUAGUACUGAUUAUGAAGGGAUGGUACCAACACCACUUUGGUUAGCAAUGGAAGGAGGAUUUACUUCUACGGUCAUACAGCUUAUAACAUUAUUACCAGGUGUAUGUCUUGAGAUCAAUCAUGACAACAAAAGAAACAUACUGCACUUUGCAGCAUUUCGAAGUGAUAAGAAAAUGGUACAAGCAAUAUUAAAAUAUUGUCCGCGAGAUGAUAUCGACACACUUGUGAAGGGUAAGGAUGAUAACGGAGAUACACCUCUGCAUCUGCUCAUCGAUCAGGGCUGUUUCAUUGCAGACCUUCUAAAAUACGAGAGAGUUGUUAGAAUGGUCAAAAACAAACAAGAUAUGACUCCUCUCGACAUGUUAUAUAAGCAAGACAAAAUCAUAGCUGAUCAGUUGCAAAUUAAAAAAGAACUUGAUGGUACGCAAGUUAAUCAACAUUCAUGGUUUCGGCGUAGACGCAUCAAGUUGGACCCAAUUGCACAUGACAGUUUAGUGCCUUCAUGGAAACGAUCAGAAAAAGAUGACAAAUUUAAGAGAAAAAACAAAGAAUUGAUGAAAGCAGAGCUUAUACAAUACAAAGACAGGACCAACGCCCAAAUCAUAGUUACUGCGCUCAUAGUUACAGUAACUUUUACCGUAGGCUUCACGAUGCCAGGGGGAUAUUAUCAAAGUGGUGACCUGAAUCAAGGAUUGGUCCUUCUGUCAAAGAAGAGAGCUUUUAGUGCAUUCAUGAUAUCAGAUGCAUUAGCUCUAGCACUAUCCACCAUUUCUUUAUUUCUCUAUUUCAUUUCAACUACGUAUGAAGAUCCCCAACUCGUCUCAAAACUCAAUGGUGUAUCAUCAGUACUCACUGUUGUUUCUGUUGUUGCAAUGAUGUUGACAUUUACCACUGGAACAUAUGCUGUACUAUCCCACUCACCACAUGUUGCUAUUACGGUUUGUAUCAUUUGUUCCACUUUCUUUCUUUUCAUCAUUGUUUUCCUGAUCAUCGAGGGUAUAUAUGACCGCGAAAACAUAGAAGAGAACGUACCCUCUUUUCAUUUGUAAUUGCUUCCAACAACUUGAUGCAUGUAUUCUUAUCUUUCAUAAUGUACUAUUCAAUUCAUAUGCAUGACUGUGUAACUUGAAAGAAUCACAUCUAUUCGUGUGAACAGAGAAUGCUUUCACCCUUAGCAUGUCUCUUCUUAAGAAUCAUAUUAACUUUUACAGUAUCAUCUUGGAAGUGUUUGUAAAUUGUGCACAUGACCUAUUCAGAGAAACAACCUUCAUAUAGCUACUUGAUUAUUUAUUUUACCAAUUAGUAAUACUGCAAAUAAAUAACUGUUUGGUUUACGUAAUGAACUGAGUGAAGUAU